UCUCGUGCUCACCAUUAUGGCGGACUUUCUCCGCCAUGGUGUACUACACUCCGUUCCAUUCAUUUGCGUUAGACAACAGGACUAUUCAUUUAGCGUCCUUGCUUCCCAGUGAGAAUCUGUUUCUUUCAGUAACUUGCGGCUGCUCCACAGUGAGCUAAGAGUAGCCUAACUAAAUGGAUUAUACAGCAUCUCAAAAAGGUUCCAGACAGCAGCCUAAUGUGCGUCUACGAAACAGCUCCGCUGAUGGGUUUGAUGGCAGUCAGUUGUUUGAGGACACAAGUGGAUCUGGAUCACAGACACCCUUCAGGAGCCAACAAAGCGGACCUCAUGCCGCGGGUUUUUCUGGUCAGUCCAUCUUGACGGACCCCAUGUCGAAUCUCGCCAUGGCUUACGGCAGCUCGCUGGCAUCCCAGGGGAAGGAAAUAAUGGACAAGAAUCUGGACAGAUUCAUCCCCAUUUCCAAGCUGAAAUACUACUUUGCAGUGGACACUGUGUACGUGGGAAAGAAGCUGGGCCUUCUCGUUUUCCCCUACAUGCAUGAGAACUGGGAGGUGAGCUACCAACAGGACACACCCGUGGCGCCACGCUUUGACGUCAACGCUCCCGAUCUCUACAUUCCCGCCAUGGGCUUCAUCACGUACGUGCUGGUGGCUGGACUGGCCCUCGGCACACAGGACAGGUUUUCUCCCGAGUUGCUGGGAGUGCAGGCGAGCUCAGCGCUGGUGUGGCUCAUAAUGGAGGUUCUGGCAGUCCUCCUGUCGCUCUACCUCGUGACCGUCAACACCGACCUCACAACCAUCGACCUGCUCGCCUUCUCUGGAUACAAAUAUGUCGGGAUGAUUGUCGGUGUCGUCGCAGGACUGAUGUUUGGGAGGCCCGCGUACUACCUGUCUUUACUGUGGUGCUGUGCUGCCAUCUUUGUAUUUAUGAUCCGCACUCUGCGUCUGAAGCUGCUGUCAGAGGCAGCGGCAGAGGGGCGGCUGGUGAGAGGAGCCAGGAACCAGCUGAGGAUGUACCUCACUAUGUCGAUAGCGGCGGCCCAGCCCCUUUUCAUGUACUGGCUCACCUAUCACCUGAUCAGGUAAACACACGGCUGCGGGAGACGGAGGCCCACGCAGAAGCCGCCCUUGGACGAACACACUCUAUCAGGGUCAGCGCACAAGGUCACGCUGCAUCCGUGCUCGGAGCAGCCACGAGAACGUGUUUGUAACGCCUUUUCCUGUCUCAGCACAGCCGCAUGUUGUUUGUACAGCCGCAUUCUUACCCUUAAAACAAGUUGUUUUUCUACACUCUGUAAUUACUUGUUCAUUAUUUUUUAGCAAUAUUUAAAUAUGUAUGUCUGUUAGGCACCGCUAUGGUCUAAAGUCUUGUGAGCCGACACAGGGUGCACACACACUUUCACUGGAAGUGAUGGACUGUAAACUCAUCAGAAACAUCUGCUCUGUAAUCGUUUAAUCUGGACUAGAAUACUACGGGUCUGUUAGUGUGGUUGUGCGCUCACAUUGUGACAUUUGUGUGCUUUGCAUCACGCGCACAUGCUCGGCUGCCUGGCUGGGAAGGUCGUGUUGGACCGCACCAUCAAGCGGUGGUGUCAUUUUAACAAAAACAUUGUCAAUGUAUUUGCUGCUUUUCAUAUUGAAAGUCAGAUGGAAUAAAGGAAAUGAGGAAGUAGUCUGAUUUAAAAAGUGUGCUUGAUUGGAUUUGAUGUCAAUGUGAGAUUACACUGUGUUCCAUAUUAUUAUGCAAAUAGGAUUUUAGGAUCAUAAACGUUUUGCUUUUCAGUGCAAUUCAGGGGUGGCGUUGUGUCUUGGGGCUCUUUGGAUUACUGAUAUCAGUCUCGGGCAGUUGUCAUAAUUACUUUGCCAGGUGAGCCCAAUUAAAAGAAAACUACUUAAAAAUCCAUCCAUCCAUCUUCUAGGCCGCUUAUCCUCACUAGGCUCGCGGGUAUGCUGGAGCCUAUCCCAGCUGGCUUCGGGCGAGAGGCGGGGUACACUCUGGGCUGGUCGCAAGUCAAUCGCAGGGCACUACUUAAAAAUGAUUGACGUUAUUAAGCAUGCCACAGAUUUCAAGCAAUAAAGCGUCAAAUGCGUUGGACAAAGCAUGAAAACAUUCAAUAAUUCACAAAAACUUUCAUACGGUGAUGAAAUUUGUGGCUGAUUCAGACGACAGCCGGGAUUGUGCUGGUAAAGAAGGCAUAAUGAGAAAAGUUUCUGCCGGACAAAUGUAUCGAAUCAAGAGAGCACCUGCUAAAAAGCCGCUACAAAGCAGCAAACGGGUAUUUGAAGCUGCUGGUGCCUCUAAAGUCCCUCAAGGUGUAGGAUCCUCCAGAGGCUUGCAGUCAUGCAUAAACCACCCCUCACCAGUACUCACAAGCACAAACGGUUGCAGCGGGCCAACAAAGACAUGAUGAAUUCUCAAUCCUGUUUCCUGAUGAGGGCCGUGCAACCUUGGGUGGUCCGGAUGGAUGAAGAAGAGUACGGCCAGCAUAUCUCAGCAAGACUGAUGUCAGAAAGGAGGUGGCUGAGUCGUGUUUUGGAUCAGAAUCAUUGGGAGAGAGCUGGUCGGCCCUUUAUGGUCAUUGGAGGUGUGAAAAUGACCUCAGCAAAGUAUGUGGCGUUUCUGACUGACCACUUUCUUCCAUGGUACAAUAUGAAGCACCGUACCUUCUGUAGCAAAAUGACCUUCAUGCAUGAUAUGCACCUCAUGAUGCAAAGAAUACCUCCCUGCCAUUGGCCGUUAUGGGCGUAAAAGGAGAGAAACUCUUAGUUUGGCCCCCUUUUCUCCCCUGACUUCAACCCAAUUGAGAACCUAUGGAGAAUCGUCAAGCAAAAAUAUGGGUGGGAGGCAGAUCACAACAAAACAGCAGCUGUGGGAGGUUGUUCUGACAUCUUGGAAAGAAAUUCAAGCAGAAACGCUCCAAAAACUCCCAAGUUCAAUGUAAGGAUUGUGAAGGUUACAUCAAAGAAGGGAUCUUAGGUUAACACAGGUUAAACAGGUUGGCCUGUUAAAAUGUCAGUGAUUGAAAUAGCUUUUGCUUUCAGUCAAUAUGGCCUCCUUAUGCUGCAAAUUCAACAAAUGACCGUUUUCGCUCCUUAACGACCAGUGAAAUGCUUUGAAACCCUGUUGUGCAUAAUCAUGUGGAAAAAAUAGCGUCAUCAUUGGGAGGUUUGUUGAGUAACAUUCAAACUGUACUCGAAAGGUUGAUGACUUCAGAGUUGCUAUUUAGCAAAAUCAGAGAAAAAUAUCAUGUGCAUAAUAACUUGGAACACGGUGUAAAUAAGGGGAGAUGGGUGGUAAAUGUUUUAAAAGUGUUCAGCAAUGUAGAAUGAUCCUUUAUUCCAUAUCAGCGGGGCCCAACAGAUUAACUGGCCGAUUACAGACAUGAGAGAGUAAUCAGUAAUCCACCAAAAGAUGGCUGAUUGACGCACGAUGUUCAUGCUUGUGUUUUUGCUCAUAAAAUGCAGGUAAAUGCUGUUUUUCUUAGAAAUGGGGCUCAACCGAUGAAUCAGCUGAUUAUAGCCAUUAGAGAAUAGAUGUUUACUAAAAAAAAUUACUUUUUGCACUGUAGCCUACCCUUGGAUUGGCAAUAAUGACGACUCUGGUACUGAGGGGGCAUGUGAAAGUUAAUGUCUGAACUAUUUUAUUUUCCAGCCGCUUACAUCACAUUUUGGGUUUAUUUUCUGUUCAAAUUGUUCAUAUGCUGCUUGUUCCACACAAUUUCUGAUAAUAAAAGUAUUUUAAAGUAGUAAAAUAUCUUCCCUUCCAUUCGUGUUUGGAACUAAAUGAAUGAAUAAAUAUAUUUUAAAAACAAUGACUUAAAAGUGUAACAAAUAUAAAUCAAAUAAUGAAGAAA